UUAUGUCAAUGUCACUUGUCAAUUCUGUCGCAGGAUUUUGGUUACGAAUUUCAAUUUUAUCCAAUUCCAAGAUGUUAGGUUAGAAAUAAAACAGAUAAUUGAGUUAGAAAUAAUACAAAUUUUGACUAAGUCCAGCUAUACGGGAGACGUAUUAUAUUAUUUAAAGAACAAUUUAGAAAAGAUUCAGCAAUGGAAAGUUGGCAAGAAAAAAAACGUAUUAUUACUCGCAACUUGCAGGAAGUCUUGGGUGACGAACGACUCAAUGAAAUUCUUAAGCAACGUGACCUGAGUCUCUAUUGGGGUACGGCCACAACUGGACGACCGCAUGUAGCCUAUUUCGUCCCCAUGUCCAAAAUUGCUGACUUUUUAAAAGCAGGAUGUGAAGUAACAAUCUUGUUUGCCGAUUUACAUGCGUACUUGGAUAAUAUGAAGGCACCCUGGGAUUUGUUAGUACUACGAACUCAGUAUUAUGAGGCAGCAAUCAAAGCUAUGCUAACGUCUAUCGGGGUCUCACUAGAAAAAUUAAAGUUUGUUAGAGGCACUGAGUAUCAGCUGAGUAAAGAAUACACUUUGGAUGUAUACCGUAUGUCAUCAGUUAUUACUGAACAUGAUGCUAAAAAAGCUGGUGCAGAAGUUGUAAAACAAGUUGAACAUCCAUUACUUAGUGGGCUGCUGUAUCCUGGUCUUCAAGCUCUUGAUGAAGAGUAUUUGAAAGUUGAUGCCCAGUUUGGCGGUGUAGAUCAGAGAAAGAUAUUUACAUUGGCUGAGAAAUACUUACCUCAAUUGGGCUAUGCGAAAAGGGUACAUUUCAUGAACCCAAUGGUGCCUGGUCUCACUGGAGGAAAAAUGUCAGCCUCUGAAGAAGACAGCAAAAUUGAUUUGUUAGAUAACCCAUCUGCAGUCAAGAAGAAGCUCAAGAAGGCUUUUUGUGAGCCAGGCAAUAUAACUGAAAAUGGAAUUCUAUCAUUUACUAAAUAUGUUAUAUUUCCAUUAAUGAAAAAUGAUGAUAAAUUUCUGAUAAGUAGAGCUGAAGAACAUGGUGGAAAUGUACAGUAUUCUAAUUUUGAAGACUUAGAAACUGCAUUUGCAAAAGAAGAAAUUCAUCCCGGAGAUUUGAAAGUCUCAGUAGAACUAGCUAUAAACAAACUCUUGGCACCUAUACAAGAGAUAUUCAAGGAUCCUAAAUUAGUUGAGUUGACCAAGAAAGCUUACCCACCACCAUUAAAAGUAAAAGGAAAUGUUAAUGCUGGAACUGAUGAGAUAACACCAAGCAAACUGGAUAUUAGAGUUGGUCGUAUUGUUGAGGUGUCAAGACAUCCUGAUGCUGAUGCCCUUUAUGUUGAAAAGAUUGAUGUGGGUGAUGAUGAACCUAGAACCAUUGUAUCAGGGCUUGUUAACUUUGUACCUAUAGAGGAAAUGCAGAAUAGAGAUGUAGUAGUCUUGUGCAACUUGAAGCCUGCCAAAAUGAGAGGUGUUGAGUCAAAGGGCAUGGUUCUUUGUGCAUCUGUAGAUGACCCUAAACAAGUAGAACCUCUAACCCCACCAAAAGAUAGUAAACCCGGUGAUAGAAUUGUUAUUGAAAGUUACGAAACUGGUGAGCCAGAUGAUGUGCUGAAUCCCAAGAAAAAAGUUUGGGAGAAACUGCAGGUUGACUUGAAAACAACUGAGGACCUUUUUGCUGCAUGGCAGGGAAACAAAUUGAUUAGCAAAGUUAAUGGUAACCAAGUUACCACUAAGACUAUGAAAAAUGCUCCAAUCAAGUGAAUUUAUAAUUUUAAGUUGCAUGUUUCUAACUGCUUUGCCUUUACAUGUCUAGAAAUGCUUUUUUACAGACUUUGAAAAUAAGUUUUCACUAAUACUUUGAAAACCAUAUAUGUAAUGUUUUUUUUCUGUUUUAAUGUAUUUUUAACUAGAAAGGAAGUACAAUUAAUUGAUUCCAUUUCACAUGAGUGAAGAUGUGAUCAAAACUUUGAUAGAGGAUGGAACUUUGUAGAGUACAAAAGUCAAAAAUGGCCCUCACUCAGUGAAAUAGUUUAAAAAACAGUUAUUUUAACUUUUGCUGUUUAGGUAAAAAAACAGAGUUGUUCUUGUAUUCAAUUCUUAUUUUAAGAAUAAUAUGUUUUAAAAUAUUUAUUGACAUUAAAAAAGUUUAUACUUAACUAUUAUUUACAUUGUUUUGGUACAGUUAUUAAUAAAGUAAUCUCAAAAUGGUUAUUAUAAUAUUUCAUACAAAAACAUGCAAUGGCA